AUGCUCGUCUCGCUCUGCUCUGUGUCGCACUCGCCUCUCCUCCGCACGCUUGGACUCUCUCGGGCAUCCCAGCGCACCGCUCUCGCACACUCCCAUUACCCCACCUCACAGCCCCUCCAUCUCCGCCGUUCCUCCCCUGCGCCCUUCCGCCCGCUGCUUCCGCGCAAGUCGCCAUCGCUUUUGCCUCUUCGCAGACAUUCCCCCGCCAUGCAAGUCGUACAGUCGCAGGCGGGCGAUGCGACGGUCGUCGUCAGGCCGUCGCUUCCGUCGCUGCAGGAGUUCCUCAUGAAAUCCAUGGCGGCGCCCGCCGGCGACGACGGCAGCGCGAAGGGCGCGAGCGAGGGAGGAGUCGACAGCGAUCUGGUGCUGCUGCUGCUGACGCUGCACGACGCGAUGAAGCGCAUCGCCGUCACCGUGAGCCGGCUCAACAUCGAGACCGCCAUGGGAGCGAGGUUGAGCGGCGUGAGCGGCAGCAAGAACGAGUCGGGCGACGCGCAGAAGCCGCUCGACAUUGUGUCGAACGACAUCAUCAAGGCGACGCUGGCGGCAUCGCGGCUGGUCUCAGUGGCAGCAUCAGAGGAGGACAACGAGGUGGUGGAGCUCACAGCAGGCGCGCCGUACGCUGCCGUGUUCGACCCACUGGACGGCAGCAGGAACAUCGACGCUGGCAUCCCCACCGGCACCAUCUGGGGCCUCUACCGCUCCCCACCUUCUGCUGCCUCUCCUUCUGCUGCUGCUGCUGCUGACGCUCCUGCUUCCUCUGCGGGUGCUGCGGUGCUGCAGCCGGGGCGGGAGCUGGUGGCGAGCGGGUAUGUGCUGUACUCGUCUGCGGUGGUGGCGGUGCUGACGGUGGGGCAAGGCACGCAUGCGUUCACGCUGGAUGAGAGCACGGGCGAGUGGCUGCUCACUGCCCGCGACAUGCGCAUCCCCCCUCGAGGCCAAAUCUACUCAGUGAACGACGCGCGCUACUUUGACUGGCCAGCCGGGCUGCGGCAAUACAUCGAUGCCAUCCGGCAGGGCAAGGGGCAGUCAGGCAAAAAGUACUCAGCGCGCUACAUCUGCUCGCUCGUAGGCGACUUCCACCGCACACUGCUCUACGGCGGCGUUGCCAUGAACCCCCGCUCGCACCUGCGCCUGCUGUACGAAGCCAACCCACUCGCCUUCCUCGCGGAGCAGGCUGGCGGGAAGGGCAGCGAUGGCGUGAGGAGGAUUCUGGAUAUCGAGCCGUCGGGGAAGCUGCACGAGCGCCUGCCUCUGUUCCUGGGCAGUCCCGAGGAUAUUGAUGAGCUGGUGGGGUAUGGGGACGUGCAGCAGGUGGUUAACCCGGGGUACGAGGUCUGA